UGGCUGGGUUCAGGAGGCGAGCUGGGCUACUGGAAGAUGGCGAGUGAGGUGACUUGGAGCGUGUCUCGGUCUGACUCUGGCUCUAACUCGGGCUCUGGGCCUGGUGUGGGUGCUGCUGUUGUCGACAACAGCUUGAGCCAGGCCAUAUGGCAGGAGGGUGGCGAGCCGGCCGCACCACGAUGGGGCCCUCAGCAUCCCGGCGCUAAGGAGCUGGCGCAGCUGUACUCUCCCGUCAAACGAUUUCAGGAAUGGGUGUGUGUUAUUUUAAACUUUGCUCUCAUGAACUGCAAUUUCUAUCAUCUGGUCAUGAAUUUCAGCUGGGACCACAUCCAUUUGAUCCUUAUUGGAAUUAUUGCAGGGAUGGUUACUGCUGAUUUUGCUUCAGGAUUGGUCCACUGGGGAGCAGACACGUGGGGUUCUGUUGAUCUGCCUAUACUAGGCAAGGCUUUCAUUAGACCAUUCAGAGAACAUCAUAUUGAUCCCACUGCUAUAACAAGGCAUGACUUCAUAGAAACAAAUGGUGAUAACUGUAUGCUUACUGUGAUCCCCUUGGCUAAUAUGGCAUACAAAUUUUUUACUGUAUCUCCAGAAGCCAUGCAUGGUAUAUAUCCCUGGGAGUGCUAUGUCUUUUCUGUUGGAUUAUUUGUCACAUUAACCAACCAGAUUCACAAAUGGUCUCAUACAUAUUUUGGACUUCCAUCAUGGGUCUGCGUUUUACAAGACUGGCACAUUAUUUUACCCAGAAAACAUCAUCGUAUUCAUCAUGUGUCUCCACAUGAAACCUACUUCUGUAUUACCACAGCUGUAACAGUUCCACGCAAUUUCCGCCUUUUGGAAGAGCUAGAAGAUGGCCAAAAGGGAGCAAGUGAUGGGACAGUAAGUUGGGGUCUUGAAGAUGAUGAAGAUAUGACACUUACAAGGUGGACAGGAAUGAUUAUUGGACCUGCGAGAACAAUUUAUGAAAACCGAAUAUACAGCCUUAAAAUAGACUGUGGUCCUAGAUAUCCAGAGGUAGCUCCACAUGUUAGAUUUGUAACAAAAAUAAAUAUGAAUGGAGUAAAUAGUUCCAAUGGAACGGUGGAUCCAAAAAGCAUAUCAGUCCUAGCUAAAUGGCAGAAUUCAUAUAGUAUCAAAGCUGUUCUGACGGAACUUCGGCGUCAAAUGAUGUGUAAAGAAAAUGGAAAACUCGCUCAGCCCCCAGAAGGACAAAGUUACAGCAAUUAAUCUGGAAUUUAACCCCUCUCUAUUCAAGCUUACUUCAUUCUCCACUGUAGUAUUUUUUUUCUAGACGCAUCUUGUAGAUCUCAAAGUACUGGAAAAAGAAUAAUUCCCAUUAAAAAGCAAUUAAUCUUAAUACUGUAAAUGUAAACCAAUACUAAUUGUUUUGUUGGACAAAAGUUGUAUGAUAACACAAAUAAUCUUGCGCGUAACCACUGUCUACACAGUAGAAUCUUUGUUGUCAGGAAUUAUCUAUUGAAAUUAGUACUGUUGAGACCAGUGUGGCACAUUUAGUUAAAGCUGUGAAUAUGCACAUCACACAGACACUUGCUGCAGGUUUGGCCUUUAAAUUAUUGUCCCUUCGCAAUAGUAUUAAAGCUCAGGGCUAUUUAUUAGAGUCUAAACACAAAGGAUGGAAUGAUCAGUGCAGUAUUGUUUUCUGGUCUUCAUCUGCCAAUGGAGUUUAUCUUGCUUUCAGAGCCAACUUUUCCUUUGUGCUGUCUCUAGUAAAUGCUGAACACGGCUGAUGUAUUUUGGACCACUAACCUUAGUUUGCUGUAAUGUGGAUGCAAGCUACAUGUAUAACUAUUUGGUGUGUCCAGGACUCUUUCGACAUUCAUGUUUGUACAAAGCCACAUUUUAAAGCAGCGGGUAUCACCACAACUCUUAAACAACCAUUGUUUCCAUUAAAAGCCUAUUUUGUUGAAAAAUGUUUAAGAUAUUAGAUGUAUGGAUAUAACAGUCUCAGAAAUUAAAGAAUUUAACAUAACUUAAUGGUAUUCUAUUAAUAGCCUUUUAUUGUGUCAGCUUGAUUAUGAAAUAUUAAAGUUGUGCAUUAUGGGUAAUACAUGGAUUAUAUUUAAGCUAAGUUGUAAAUACAAUAGCUUUGACCGCAUCUAAAAUAUAAAAGUGCAUAUAAAAUGCAGGUUAGAAAAAACAUUCUCUUUAUAAAUUUGUCAUAAGCUUUUACAUGUACAUCAGUGGACUGAAUACUAGUGUCUUGUAAUACACUUGUGGCAGUUGUACUAGAAAUUAUUUUUUGGAUAUGUUUGGGCUGUUUUCUAUGUAUUGGAAGUUUAUCCACAGUAGCCACAGAUAUGCGUUUUCUUAUAGAUCAAGACAAUAUAGUGCAUUUGAACAAUUUUUGUGUAUCUCUGGGACUUCAAUCCAACAGAUAGGCUAAGACUCUGUUACAGUGGUUCAAUGUAAAAUGGUUCUGUAAAAUCACAAUCUGCUACUCAGUGGGCAUGAAUCCACGACCUAAGCUGCUUUUGGUUGGCUACUGAUUGGUAAUCUCCCUUUAAAAGGUCAAGGGCAGAAAUUGCGAAUGUUGCAAUAUUACAUCAAAGUAUACUUCUAAAAUUGGGUUACUGCAUAUUAUCUUUUUCUCAUUUGCCUUGGAUUCAGCAUUACGAGCAGCUCUUGGUGAUCCAUAAGUUUCCUUUGAUAUUGAUUUGAAUUUUCUGUCCCAUAUCUAGGUAAAUGAACUGAAUCCUUGUGGUGCACUGCAGCUACCAAAACAUUGUGCUAUCAAAACCCUACAAAUGGAAAUUGACGUGUGCUCGUGUUAGACAGGUUUGGGCUUUAGGCUAGCAAUGAAAUCUAAUUGCCUGGGACGGGAGUGAGUAAUAAACAAUGACAUUGAAAUCUAUAUGUUCCUAUCUUGGCAAUUGAUGUAAUUCUGUUCCGUACGCAUGAAAAUGUAUAAACGCUUGAAUUAGGAGCAUAAGUAAGCCACACAACCCCUCAAGUCUGCCCUGCCAGUUUCUAAGAUCAUAGCUGAUCUGAUUGUGACCUCAAAUCCACUUCCCUAACUACCUGAUACCCUUGAUAAUGUAGCCAUGAUCAUAACCUGUAGAAUGUUUACCUCAACUUGUUUCUGUGGAUCGCAAGACUGAAACUAGACUUUGACUGAUUUCCAGGCGAAACAGGCAUCCUGUAUAAAUAGUAUCUACACUUUGAAAUGUGUUGGAACUGAUGUAAAAUAAGCAACAAUAUCUAAAGAUUAAAUGACAAUUAAUUAUUUUUGAAUUGUAGUCAAACGUUGAAAGUAGCCAAAAAUAUAAUGACCCCGAACUGAGCAACCAAUUUACUUUUUGUACAUAUUUGAGGUAUAGCAGAUUGUAAAUUCUGGUGUCCUGACAUCAAAGUUUUCUAGACUCGCCUGGUCGGUGGUUUUCUUGAUACUGUUAUGUAUUAUGCCCUUGCAGUUCAAUACAGGCUAAGAAAAGUUUAAUUGCCAACUGUUGUGCCUGAUCAGGUUGUAAUUUCUGCUGGAGUUGAAUGGUAAAUAGUCAGAUCAUAUUCUAUUAUCGAGCACUGACUUGAUUGAACAUACAUUCUUUUUCCUGAAAUUACUUUCUGAGCUGGGAAUAUUUCUCCGUUCAAGCAACCAAGCCUAACUGAAAAUAAUCCUGCGGGAUAAAGGUUGGCUAUCAAACUCCUUGAUUUUGUUCUCCACACACUUAGACUCAGUUCCUGCUCAGAACCUUAUACAAGCCAGUGUACAAAAAAGGAUCAGUUCCUGUUCUUUAAUUGACCUGAUGUCAACAACAUUUUUUGAUUUUGGGGGGUGGGGGAAACCAGGGGCUGCGGUAUAAUGGUAAGAAAAGUGAGGUGAUGCAAGGAAGAUGUUUCUAGAAAUAGUGCAGAUUUUUUCUGUUAAUUUUUUUUGUCAGCCAUCUUAGGCAUUUUAGCUCAUCUUGUUACUGGCUCAUGCAGAUGAGGAUACAUCGUAGAUCAAGAUUAUUUGUGUUAUUGCUUCCAGAUUCCAAACUCCAUUCUCUCACAUGUUCUGCUGUCCAGCUCCAUACUCCUUACCCUGUCUCAAUGAUUUGUGAUCUGACCCAUUUCUCAGCCUACAUGUGAGAUGUAUUGAACCUCCUUUAAAUAACAGCAUUUUUGGUUUCUUUUAAGUUGAAAAUCUGUAAGUAAUUUCUAUUAUUUAUCUUCUACCUGUAAUAUCUCAUUUAUAGCCAUAAAAGAUGAAAUACAAAAAUAAAAAUGAUUUCAAUUUUAUUCUUUAAAAAUAUUUCUGUAUUGGUAGUGAGAGUAGCCUCUGACAUUUCUUAAAGCUAGCAUGAUGUAAAGGUUAAGGAGAGAAGUGGGAGUUGAUUAAAUACCUGGACUCCCAGGACAGGGACUCCUUCACCCCAGUUCAAUCCUAGUCUAACGGGCUGAUUUGUUAGCAUAACAGUAAGAUUGCUACAAUUACCAGAUGCUUUGGGAUAAAUUUCUUCAUUGUUUCAUACUUUUUAUGUUUCUGAUUUGCUAUUUGAUGAGUACACAGUUGGAUCUAAUCAACCAAAGUUUUGUACAAAAUUGCAUAAUACUGGCAUGAUACAAACUUAUCAUUUAAGAACAGAGUUUGAUGCAUCAGAUGUUGGACAGGAAGUGUCUGCUGUAUACAUUGUUUUUCAUUUUCAAUUGUAGGUACCUUGCAGUAUGAUGGAGCAUGUGCUGUUUUAUAACUAAGGUGCUGUACCAUGUAAUUUAAGCUGUAUUUUUAUUGGGACAAUUGUUAAAGUGACGGAAGAAGUCCAAUUUUAUUUUUAUUACAUAUUCUGGAGUUUUGACUGAU